AUGAGCAUGGCCUUAACAGUCAAGAACAAGAUUGACUUUGUUGAUGGGUCAAUCAAAGAACCAAGUGGGGAUGAACCUGAUGAAUUGCAGCAAUGGAAGCGCUGCAAGAAUUUAGUCAAGACAUGGCUAUUGGGGUCGAUGUCGAAGGAAAUUGCUGGCAGCGUCAUUCAUUGCAAAGACGCGAGCCAGAUGUGGCUUGAUCUCCAAGAGCAAUUUUCUCAUGUGAAUAUCGUUCAGCUUUUCCAUAUCGAGAAUGAAAUCAUGAUUGCAUACAAGAGCCUUUGGGAUGAACGAGACGCGUUGUGCUCAAUUUCUGCGUGUAGCUGCGGAACAACCGAGGAGAGUGCUUCAUACAUAGAGACUCAGAAAACAAUGAAAUUUCUCAUGGGUCUAAACGACUCAUAUGCCAUUGUUCGUAGUAACACACUCUUAUUGGAACCAUUACUCACAGUAAACAAAGCGUAUUCGCUGGUCCUUCAACAUGAAAGGCAGGCAGAGAUAUCUAAUGGGAAAACUUCUACCCAACCAGAAGCAGUCGUGUUUGCCGUAAAGAACCCAAGUCAUGAGUCUGAAUAA